AUGUCCCGCUGGUAUCAUUGGCAUGAAGAACCUCUUCCGUCAACCGAAGUUGUCGAGAAAUGGGAACAUGAUGAUAUUGUAAAAUUCCUAAGCGAAAAAAAAUAUUUUGGUCUCAAUGACGAUGAUAUAAAAAUAAUUAAAAAUAAAAAUUUCAACGGCAUAGCCUUUAUUAAGUUGACUGAGGACAACCUUGAAAAGUGGGGAAUUUCGGAAGGACCAGUAAUAGUAAUAGCAGAUUUUGUCAAAACACUUAAUACCUACGUUGUAACGAAAGAGGUCCAUUGUACCGCAUCAUAUAAUAGAAAAGUAGCGAAAUUCCAGUGGACAAUAACCCGAGAGAUAGUGUCUUUAGCGGGGUUGAAAAAAAAACUUCGGGAAUACUUCACAUUCCAAGAUGGGACAGAAGAAGAGCAUAUCGUAAUAAGUCGUGUGUUGGAUGUUUUUCCACCUAUAAAAAGAAAACUUUCAACUCCACGUAUGGAGAAAACAAAACCCAGUAUGAAUGAGGUCUCAAAAAAUUCCGACCAAAUAAAAUUAGACUCGCAAAUUAAAUCAGUAGAACGUAAGUCAAUUCAUUUAUCUACUGACGAAGAUUUAAUGAGCAUAGUUUGGACUGCUAGCCCCAAGAUUGAUUUAGCGAUCAUUGUGGAUACAUGUAAUGUUUAUUUUAUAUUUAUGCUUGGUUUAUCAAAUGUAUAUUAUACGUGUCAGAUGAAAGUUCUUUUCGGUUUGAAAGCCGAUAGCUAUAUAGAAUUACCACGUUUUACAGGAGGGAUUUCAGAAAUAAAUGAGGCGCUUAGAGAUGAUAUGAUUAAAAAUAUUUUAGAAAUGCAUAUGGUAUCACCAUCUAUUGUAGGUAUAAAUGAAGCAACCCGUUGCGAAUUUAUUUCGCGAAUUAUCUAUAAAGCUGCAUCGAUGUUUGGUGGUAUCGUAAAAGUUUAUCCUCAAUAUGAGGUAUCUGGAAGCCAUGGCAAGGGACCAAUCGACUGGGCGAUCAAGAUGGAGGAUACAAUUUUCUCCGUGACUCAGGCAAAAAGAGAAAACAUUGAUCAAGCUAUCGCUCAGAACACCGUCCAAGCUCAUGCAUCACUACAACGAAAUAGGAAAAAGCGUACUUAUGAGGAAGCUGAUAUGUAUGGAGAUGUAAUGUACGGCAUUGUUACAACCGGAGUCGAUUGGAUAAUAACCAAGGUCGUCUUAAGUAAUGAGAACGAUAAUGAGAAUGGGGAUGUUCAAGUUUAUUGGAGUUCCAAGUCACCUGUGGCACUGCCUAUCAAUAAGCGAUCGUUAACUCAUGAUGACCUGGUACAACCUAUUACUGAUUUACUAGAACAAAUUAAGUGGAUUUAUGAUUUACAAAUUGAAUCGCAAAAACGGCAACGCACAGAUUAG